GCCUUCCAAGAGUAGGAGACUUAUGAAAUCUAUAUAAACAAGUCAUAAUAUAGUUGUCCUCAUAAUACAAAUUCAUACUAAAGCCAAAUUGUAUCAAAAGUCCUUAGAAAAUUAAAAUACCAUGUCAAAAUUGAGUUUUCUAAAGCUUCAUGGUAGCUUUUCAGCCAAGCCAAUAUCUCCGCGAAAAAAUAUAGCCGAACAGAACAGCUUCAAGUUGAGAGAGACAUCGAAUGCUGAAAUGAGUUUCCAACCAAAGAAAGAUGAAAUGAAAUGGGUGUUUGAGAAAUUCGACAAAAACAAAGAUGGCAAGAUUAGUCUGGAAGAGUAUAAAGCAGCUGCAAAAGCUUUGGAUAAGGGGAUUAUUUGUGACAAUGAUGCAGUGAAAGCAUUUAAAGCAAUGGACUCUGACAAAGAUGGCUUCAUAGACUUUAAAGAGUUUAUGGAAAUGUUCAAUGGAGAAGGUAGUAAGAUAAAAGAAGAAGAUAUUAAGAGUGCUUUUCAAGUAUUUGAUAUAAAUGGUGAUGGGAAAAUUAGUGCUGAGGAAUUGUCUCAAAUAUUUAAGAGGUUAGGAGAGAGUUGUAGCCUUAGUGCUUGUAAGAAAAUGGUGAAAGGGGUUGAUAGUGAUGGAGAUGGUCUUAUUGAUUUGAAUGAGUUUACAAGGAUGAUGAUGAAUGGCAAGAAAUGUGCCUAAGUUAUCAUAUUUUGUUUGUUUCUUUUGUUUUUCUUUUAUUAGUUAUGAAUUUUUUUUAUUUUUUUUGGUUACAUGCUUGGUGAUUGUCAUUCUUUCAAUUUUAUUCUGUCUUUGGUUAUGACAUGAGGUGAUCCCACAGAUGCACAUUUGCCUUUGGCCUUACUGAAAGUCAAACACAGAAAAUUAGAAAAUAACACAAGUUUUGGACCUUAA